UAGUUACACAAUAAAAGCCGAUCUGAAAGAAAAAUCUGAACAUAGGCCUAAUGAAUCGGACUUAAAUCCUUUAAUAGAAUGUGCAAUUUACGGUUAGAGCUUGCUUUUGGCUGGAUAAAGUAGCCCGUAAUGUUUCAUAUUUGUAUGUUUUUAGGCGACAUCAAAGGCUUUGUUGCUCGCCCUUCUCUUUUUUCGUAUAGGAACGCAGUCUCGCGGCUGAGUGCUUUUCCAGUGUAAAAUGGCUCUAUUGAUGACUGUGAUUAAGACAAAAACAAUAGUGUUUAGUUUCACUGUAGUUUAGAAAAUCUCGCCGUAGGUGCUUGUUCAUCGAGAGAUAGAUAAGUAAGAGGAUUGGUUGCCGUUGAACUUGCGGUUGGAUGCACAACUCCAGCUCGCUAAUGUAGGCUAUGUGGCUAUAACCUAACCUACCAGCAUCAGGGAUAGUGUUCUAUGGCUGCGAAGUUUGUCCCAGCAUUCCUACAUUUUAGAAUACAAACCAUGCAGAGUAUGUCCGUCCGCUACACAGUCGAGAAACUCAAGAGUUUGGAUAGACAUGCUGACAAUGUGGGCCUUUCUUUGGCCGGUGAAAAGUGACUGAAGUCUUGUACUAGUUAUUCAUCACAACUGCGACUUGCACACGAUGAGGGCAGUCUGUGGGCCUUCAAUUUCACAUCCUUCCCCAAAAUGUCUCAUGAAGGACAUUUUGUUUCACGUCGCUGUUUACAGUGUAUGCGGAUGACACACUGCUGAGAGGUCGUGACGUUUAAUUUUAAGAAACUUGUCAACAUUCUAUUUCCUUAACACGACCUGUCCACCAUGCUGAGUUUUCCUGUUUUAGCUUUUCCAGCUGGGCAGCCAUCACCUACCACAAAGAUAACUUAUAAAUAAAGAUGUAAUAUAUAUCCAUUAGAAAACAUAACAGCAUGUUAUCCUGCAGUGACUACUGGAACCCACUCUAGGCUUCUUGGAUGGUGUUCAAAACCGAAGACUGUGUGAAGGCUGAGCGAGCUCCUGGUCUGAGCUCCAGUCAGAAGGGCUUCAUGAUGGAGCUCCAGGACCUCCAGGAUGCACUGAAGAUGGAGAUACAAGUUCACCAGAAACUGGUGGCCCAGAUGAAGCAGGAUCCUCAGAACACUGAACUAAAGAAACAGCUGCAUGAACUCCAGACCAAGAUCACAACACUAAGUGACAAACAGAAGAAGGUUGUGGAGCAGCUAAGGAAAGACCUGCUGGUGAAACAGGACCAGUCGGACCUCCAAACCCAGACCCAGCUUGCAAGCCAGCUGCAGUCCCAGGUCCAGGCCCAGGUCCAGGCCCAGUCCCAGUUCCCUCUCCAGUUGGAAGUCCAGGUCCAGUCCCAGCCUCAGCUCCUCCCCCAGCCCCAGCACCCCAUUCAGCCUGGGAGUAGGGCUUCCGGGCUGCCGCCCCUUCAUACCCCGCCCUCCCUGCCCUCACCCGACAACCUCAACUUACUACAGAGCACGUUGCCAGGUUCUCCCAUCCCCUCCUCCAAGUCUCUACCUCUGCUGCUCUCUGCCAUCCCAUCCCCACGGCCUUCAGUUGCCAUGGUCACCACCCUCAGCCACACCCCCAAGCCUGGUGCCACUCACCCCGACUCCAACUCCCAGAAUGCACCAGUCAGCCUUCAGGCUACCUGCCCGUUGACCAAUCAGGGGCUGGAGGCGGUGCGGCUAGUUACCAAGAGCACUGUUGUGGUGCACACGAGCCAGCCAAUCAGAGUUCCCCAGUUUGUCCCUCCCAGAUUGGCUCCUCGACCUGCCUGUCAACCUCAGGUAAGGCCCAGACCAGCGCAGCCGGUCCUCCAGGCUCCUCCCCCCAUGCUAGCCCCGCCCCAGCUGCCUCCACGACCAAUCCUGCUGGCAAAUCAGCUCACAGCUUCAUCUCUGCCGCCAAGCCCCACCCCCAUCCGGCAGGUGCGCAUCCUCAAUGGCCAAUCCUGCUCUAGCCCAGCCCCCGGCAUCAUCAUCACACCCUUAGCCACGUCCCCUACACACUUGAGCAGCAGCCACAGCCCGGCCUCCAAGACUGUGAAAGCCAAGACCGGUGAGAUAAAGUCCACCUCCAGCAAACACCCCUCUCCCUCCCCCUCUCCACACUCCCCCACCACUCGCGGCACCCCCCCUCCCAGGACCCCCCCCAGGACAAAGCAGGAGGAGAGCCCUCAGAAAUUAGCCUUCAUGGUUUCUUUGGGCUUGGUGACAUAUGACCAUCUGGAGGAGAUCCAGAGUCGCAGGCAGGAGAGGAAGAGGAGGACAACAGCUAACCCCGUCUACAGCGGAGCAGUCUUUGAACCAGAGCGUAAGAAGAACACCCUGCUCUACCUUAACUCUCCACUACACCAGCCCAACAGGAAGAGAGGUCGCCCCCCCAAACACAGCAGCAUUGUGGAGCUGAGUCCUCACCCCCCCGGCUGCCUCCCCCCUCCCUCCCCCAUACUCCACCGGCCUGCACCCCCCCUCACCCCCCCUCUGCCAGGCCCAGGCCCUGGGGAUGCAGACGUGCACGAAGACUUGUGUGCCGUGUGCCGGCGCAGCGGGCAGCUGCUCAUGUGUGACACGUGCUCACGCGUGUACCACCUGGACUGCCUGGCUCCGCCCCUGAAAACUGUUCCCAGGGGCAUGUGGAUGUGCCCCUCAUGUCAGGAUCAGAUGCUAGAUAAAGAGGACGCCAUGGAGUGGCCUGGAACUCUGGCCAUUGUUCACUCCUACAUCGCCUACAAAGCAGCUAAAGAGGAGGAGAAGCAGAGGCAGGUGCAGUGGGCCAGGGACCUGAGGCAGGAGAGAGAGCAGCUGGAGACCAGGGUCAAGCAACUCAACAUCGCCAUCACGAGGUGUAUGGAGAGUAAGAACAGCGUGCUGAGUCGUCAGAGGAGCAUGCAGACGUCCCUGGAGAAGGUCAAAGGUUUACUCUGCCUCAUAAAGGGUCUUAAGCCCCUUUCCCCUCCCCAGACCACACUCCCACCACCAGAGGACCCUACCAAUGAAGGAACAGGCUGUGUAGCUGUUGACCUCAUGGAACCCACCACUGAGGAGCUAGGUGACACACAGGACAACGACAUCACAGAGAACAACGACAUCACGGAGAGCAACAGUGUCACAGUCAACAGCAAUGAUGUCACAAAGAGCAACGACGACGUCACAGAGAACAACAACGACAUCACAGAGAACAACAACAACAUCACAGAGAACAACAACAACGUCACAGAGAACAACAACGACGUCACAGAGAACAACAACGACGUCCCAGAGAACAAAGACACCCGCAGCAGAAGCAGCCCAGACGAGCAGAGGAGUCCACACCAGGGAGCUGCUGCUGCGGCGGAAGAGGAGGAGGAGGAGGAGGAGGAGAGGAAAGAAGAGGAAAAGAAAGAAGUGGAGCAGAAACAAGAGGAGGUGAAACUGGAGGAGGAGAGGUCGGAGGUGCAACAUGAAAAGGAGGCCAAGCAGCCUGACAACAACAUAGUAAACAACAAUAAGAUGAACAACCUGAACAGUAAAGCCACUGAAAUCAACAAGAAGGAGGGGGAGGAAGACAAGGAGGAGACAACAGAAAGAGAGACAGAAGAAGAGGGCCAGGAGAUGGAGGACAUAACAAAGUUGGGGCAGGAGGGGGGUGACAAGGAUGAAGAGGUAAAGGAGAACCAAAAGGAUGCGAGGGGAGAGGAGGAGGAGGAAGAGGGAAAGGAGAACAAGAGGGAAGUGAGGGGAGAGGAGGAAGACGAGGGAAAGGAGGAGAUGACAAAGGAAGAGAUGGAGCAGAAGGAGGAGGCAGAGAGUCUGAAAGAGAAUGGAAAUGAGAGCAAUGGAAAAGAGGAUGAGGAAGAAAAGGAGGAGAGGAUGGAGGAGGGGAGUGUGGAGGACGAGCAGACAGAGAGACUCAGCAGCCUCAGUAAAGUUCCAGACCCGCCCCUGACUCUGGCCCCGCCCCCUGUGGGUGUUACAGAAUAACAGCCUGCACCCCUGGUAUAGGAACCAGGACGGCAGGAGAAAGAGAGCGAGGGAUAGAGAAGGAGGAAGAGAGCGUGGGAGGAAAAGUAUCCUGUUCCCAAAGUUGCCCAUCAUUGUACUCAUCCUAACCCUACAUAUCUGUGUUUGGUGGUCAUUAUUGUAGUAGCUUAUUUUUGGUUCCAGAGAGAGGCCAUGGGCAUCGGACUGAAAGAUGAUGGGUGGAAGGACAAGUAGAGAUAGAGGGAAGAGAUGAGGUACAGUAUAUUACUUAGGGGCCAGUGGUCUGCCCAACCCAGUUCAGGCUGCAUGGUCUGACUUACUGACUGACUGACUGACUGACUGACUGACAGACAGACUGAUGAGGAAACAGUAAUAACCAUCCCACCAGCGUGUGCCUGAAGCAGUUGCCACAGCGCCCCCAGUGGCGGGAGGUCUCCGGACACACCCAGAGCCUCCCCUCACAACCACCCGACACUAUCACCCACACACACCCGAGAAGCAGGAAACAGUCUGGAGUUAUGAGGCGUCCCCAGAAGACCAUGUCUGGUUUUCUGCAGUAUUAGCCAAUAGAGGGAAGUAUUACCUGAUGAACGUGGCCUGCACCCAAUCACACUUACUGUCUUACAAUAGUUCUCGCCCACAACACCCAAUACCUGGCCUAUCAGAGGAUAUAGUUUAAAUGAGUAAAAGAAACAACAGAUAGGCUCUAAGAAGAGGAGGAGUCUGAGAGGGAAGGAGGAGGAGAGGUGUCUUUCUCCCUCUUUGAGAGCUGUCAUCUGAGGGAGUCUGCCCACAUUCAGGUCUUCCUCCUUUCACAGACAUUUAGAUUCACUAGAUCACAUGAUCAUACAUGUUUGUUAGUCUCUUUUAUAUCAGUUUCGUUGAUCAUCCAUGUGUUAUAUGACACCGUUAAUAGGUAUGUGUUAUAGGAGAAGACGUGUAUGUGAGUUCUGUCCGUUUAGUUCUGAACUGCCAAAUGCUAUUAUGUCCAAAUACAGCAGGGAAACGGUUGGUUUUCUUAUUCUAUGUAGAGAGGAGAGUGUGAUCCAGGGGUCUAGACCUCAGAAAGGUGUGCUUCCUGCCCUCCCUGGUCUAACAAAGGGCCUAGGUGAAAGGAUGUGUCAGUAAGAUAUGUGUCAUGAAGAUCUGAGGUCUCAGCUCAUUCGCUGGUCAAAUCCCUAUGUCAAAAGCACAACCCUGUUAAUCUCUUGAUGCUAUAUAUGCAGUUCAUUGUCCAACAGGAGUAGUGGGGUUGGGGUGAGGGUAGUAUUAGCCUCUGUAGUUCAGUUCUGUGUUCCUGUAGAUGUACCAACAUAUCAUGUCUUAAAGACCCAAUGUGAUGUGGUGUUAUAAUGUGUCAAGGUGCACCAGAUGGUGCAGGCCAGGUUUUAGAACUUUUCCGAAGGUCCCACAAGGUUCUAGAAAGUUCCGGAGAGCAGUGAAGUCUUGUCUUUUCUCUGUAACUGUAGAUAGCAAUCACCAACAAUCUCAUGGCUCACCUCAGCACUCCCUCCCUACCUGUAACUAUGACAACGGUCGCUUCAGACUUAAAAUGAGAUGGUUACAAGGCUCAUCAUUGGAUGAUUAUAGCCCGAACAUUAUGAAGUGAUUCAGAAAGCACAAGAUACUUUUGAAAAUGCAAUUAGGAUUGCACCUACACAGAGAUCAAAGGGAGCCUGGGUGUGUGUGUGUGAUUAUGGUCUAGUAGAGUGUGUUGUGUUCAGACCCACCCUCCCCGCAUCUAUAGAACUCUCUCUGUUCUGCUGACUGCCUUAACAAACCCUGUCCGGCCAUUAUCAACCUGUGUUUGUUGUAACAUUGGUCAUUUAAAGUGUCUGCAAGAAGUAUUUGUCUGUUUGUGAUGAUGUAACAAUUCAGGAACUGUUUGUUGUCUUUCUCUCAGAACUGAUGUGAUUGGCUGAAAUGUGAAUAGUUAUUUUCUGAUUUGUCAGUGCUCAGCUGUAUGUCAUCAUGACGUUUGCCUAGCUAUGAAACUAACAAAAGAAAUUGGAAGUAGGAUGAUUAAUGUCAACAAAGCUGUUGACUAGCUGUUGACAUUCUAAAACAGGUCAUUCUAGAACCAGUUAUUGUCCAACAGGUCUGUUUAGAAUCUAGUUUUCUAAAACAGGCCAUUCUGGAAACUUCUGAAUAUUUUUUCAUGGCCCUUAACAGUGUUAUGUCCUUAGUAGUGUCCUGGCUGUUGUCAAGGGUGACGGCCAUCAAGACAUCUACAUAUAAGGAGAUGUUUCUGCCUUUAUGUUACUGUGUCCAGAACAUUCCAGUGUGUCCCUAUGCGUGUUCUGUUGAGGAUAAUGCCCCAAGCUCCACAAACAUCUGUUCACAAACACCUCCUCAUGUUGUCACCUUCAUCCUCACCUUCAUCAUCAUUCUCUUCCUGCCUUCUCUGUCUUUUGGACUCUCUCUGACUCGCUGGGUCCUCAGUGCCUCAGUAAAGAUGUUUGUGUGUGUGUGUGUGUGUGUG